GACCUCCAAUUAAAAACAUAAGAAUACUUUUUCCCCCCUCUUCUAUUCUUCAUUUUAACGCACAGGUUGAUUUGACAGUGAAAUGGCACAGCCUUCAUUGCGCACAUUUCUAUUUUUGGUCCCGUUGCUUUCUGGGGGUCUCUGGGUAAGCGGUGGCCCUCCGGGUUGCGCUUCCUGCGGCUCCCGGUCCUUGGGGAGGGACGCGGAGGAGAGGCUGAUGGUGGAGAUCGCCAAGCAGCAACUUUUGGACAAGCUGCACCUGAAAGAGAGACCCAGGAUCUCUCAGACUGUGUCCCGGGCGGCGCUGCUCACUGCGCUGCGCAAAUUGCACUCCGGGCGCGUCAAGCAGGACGGUACCCUCGAACUAGACAACAAUGCGCUAUCCAAAGACCCAGGCUAUGAAAUACUCAGCUUUGCCGAUAUAAAUGAACGUGGGAAUGGGGAUGAAGCAAAUCUCAGCCUUACCUUCCAGUUCCUUCAAGAACAUGGCCGCAGCCUCCAGGUGCUGCAGUCCUCCCUUUGGAUCUACGUCCGCUCCUCCAAGUCGCCCUACCAAGUCCCAGCGCAAGUCUUCCUCACGGCAGACGGCGGAGAGUCAAACCGGACCUUAGUUAUAGAAAAGAUGCUGGAGGUCCAGGAGAGUAACUGGCACACCUUCCCCAUCAGCCGCACACUACAGACCUUCCUGGAUGGCGGUCAGAAGCGACUCCAUCUGGAGGUGCGCUGCGACGAGGAUGGGAAAAAUCUUUGCUCCCUGGAAAACUCUCCCAAGAGCUCGUAUCAGCCUUUCCUGAUGGCCCAGGUGCGUCCUCACGACAACCCCGCCAAGCACUUGCUCAGAAAACGCUCCUUGCGGUGUGGCGACGACAUCACCGUGUGCUGCAAGAAAGAAUUGUACAUCAAGUUUAAGGACAUCCAGUGGCACGACUGGAUCAUCGCGCCCGAGGGCUACCACAUGAACUAUUGCGUGGGGCAGUGCCCCCAGCAUCUUGCCGGAUCUCCCGGUAUCGCCUCGUCCUUCCACGCCACCGUCUUGAGCCAGCUGAAGGUCAACGGCAUCAACACGGCCGCGUCUUCGUGUUGCGUCCCCACGGAACGCCAGCCUCUGUCCAUGGUGUACUUCAACUCUCAGCACAGUAUCAUCAAAACCGACGUGCCUGACAUGAUCGUGGAGUCCUGUGGAUGCACAUAAUAAGAGUUUGGGGCAAUGUGUAGAUUUGUUCUCAUGCAGCAGUCCUAGAGCAUUUUAUGGGUCGUACAGGUGGCUUGCCCGUGGCUCCAAAAUAUUGGCUAAUACAAUGACAUCAUUUUUCAAGUUAAAGGCGCAUAUGCAAUGGAAUGCAUCAGGAAUGGCAAUGAAGAGAUUAUUUUAAUGCAUCCUGUUAAGAUCGACGCACUCAUCCAAUUUUGUGUCAAUCGGUUAAAAGGGUGUUGGGGGCUCUUUUUUUUCCCCCUACCCUAACAUUCCAGGGGGCAUUGUUGGGGGAGCACCCCUUCCCCCUCCCUCAUCACCAAAAAAGUUUACUCAGCAUCUCCACUGUAUUGUUGUUACAAGCGAUCUUUUAAGUUGAACACGGUCAGCAUUUAAACUCAAGGUCAUGAUCUAGCAAACAUUUGGACACGAUUGCCUCAGUGGUCGGGUAAUGUGAAGGUCUGCGUGGCGGGUGGGUCAAAUGGGUAAGGGCUGUUGUACGCUGGCGCAUAUAAUUGUCAAAGUCCAAAGUUUACUGGUGUGAUGUAUAAUUAGAAGCUUUCCAACCAAACCCAGUCAGUUAAUCAUUCCAUUGGGGACUUGACAUCAUUCCACUUGCGCAACAGGGGCUCACCGAGCUAUGUCUUGCGUAACUAGUACAAAUAUAUGAACUUUUACUUCAUCCACAACUAAUUGGACAUAUUACAUAUGUUGCCUCCAAAGCUGCACUUGAAUUGUUGUUUUACUGUUUAAUGCGAAUGGGAUUUUAUGUAUUAUUAUUAUUAGCAUCUUGUUGCCAUCAUACUAUAACAAGCACUUUAACACCCCGAGACAAAUGUGCUCGAAAACAAUGUACAGUAUAAUCAAACCGGGCAAUAGUUUACUUCAUGACAUAAAGCCUACAAAAAGGAAAUGUGAAUCAGUUCAUUUUCUCAGGUUCUAUUUGUGUUAAAAUGGGUGGCUUUUAUCUGUAGUGGCAUGACUGUAAUUAUGUUGUUAUUUUUUAUACAUAAUAUAUUUUAUUGACUGAUUCAUUGUCAGAUUUUUUAUCUAAUUACAGCAUUGCAGUUUUAAUGUUCUGUAUGAAUCUAUUUUGGAAUAAAAGAAAUGUACAAAUGCA